GUAUCUUCACUUAAAAAAUUAGAUCAGUUUUUUUAGUUAUAACAACAUCCACAACAAAACAAAAAUCACACGGAAAUCAGAUGCUGUUGAAGACAAACAAAUCCAACAGAAAAGAAGAAAAGACAUUGUAGAAAAUAGAAAUAGCAAUGCGGAAUAUGAUGAUGAUGUUAAACAUUGGAGCCAUGAUUCUUGCAUUUCUGGUUUCAACCGCUUCAGCCAAUGAUGUGGUUGCGCUCACAAAAGACACCUUCGAAAAUGAGGUUGGCAAGGAUCGUGCUGCUCUUGUUGAAUUCUACGCUCCUUGGUGUGGACAUUGUAAAAAGCUUGCACCGGAGUAUGAAAAAUUGGGGUUAAGUUUUAAAAAAACCAACACCAUUUUGAUCGGGAAGGUUGAUUGUGAUGAACAUAAAAGUGUUUGUACUAAGUAUGAGGUUUCUGGUUACCCUACAAUUCAAUGGUUUCCCAAGGGAUCACUAAAACCAAAGAUGUAUGAAGGCGCACGAACAGCCGAAGCUCUUGCUGCUUAUGUAAACAUGGAAGGAGGUACCAAUGUGAAGAUACAUUCUCUUCCAUCAAGUGUGGUAGUUCUCUCACCAGAUAACUUUGAUAAGAUUGUCUUAGAUGAAACAAAAGAAGUUCUGGUGGAGUUCUAUGCACCAUGGUGUGGUCAUUGCAAGGCCCUAGCUUAUACUUAUGAGAAGGUUGCUGCAGCAUUUCGGCUAGAGGAAGAAGUUGUCAUUGCUAAUGUUAAUGCGGACGAGUACAAGGAUUUGGCUGAGAAAUAUGGUAUUGUUUCCUAUCCCACAUUGAAGUUUUUUCCAAGGAACAAUAAAACUGGCGAAGAUUACGCUGGUGGUCACGAUUUGGACGCUUUCGUAACUUUCAUUAAUGAGAAAUGUGGCACCAACCGCGAUGAACAGGGUCAACUUACUUCUAAAGCUGGUAUAGUUGAAUCUCUAGAUACCUUGGUGAAGAAGUUUGUGAGUGCUGACAACGAUGAAAAGAAAGCUGUCUUUUCUCGACUUGUAGAGAAAGUUAAUAAGCUUAAGGGUUCCGACCUAAGCUAUGGCAACCUCUACUUGAAACUUGCUAAGACUACUAUGGAAAAGGGUGCAGACUAUCCGAAGAACGAGAUUCAACGUCUUGAGGGCAUGCUUCGAAAGUCAAUAAGUGCAGCAAAGGCAGAUGAAUUCACCCUCAAGAAGAACAUCUUAUCUACCUUUGUUUGAUCUUAUGAUUAUAGAAUAGUCAAUGCUUUCAUUAAUUUCUAUCAGGAGAUAUGGGCAAUUUCUGAGUGUAUAGAUGCUACAACCCAAGUUUUCUUAUGACCAUGCCCUCUAAAUUUGAUGUAAUCUUUUAUUCAUUUUUUCAUUGUUCUUGUACCAAAUUGUAAAAAUUGAAGCAAAUGAUUGACUUUCAUUUGAGGAAUCAUAUUAUAAAUCUUCUAUUAGAAUGACUA